GGCCGAGAGGGGAGCGAGCGCCUGACGGUGGCGCGCGGCUCCAGCCCUUCCGCUCCGGCCGGGUGGGUGGUGAGCUCAGGUGCAAAGGAAAGAGGGAAAUGGGGACGCCGCAAAGCGAGCUCUUCUUCCCGGGAGGGUGGGGGCUGCGUCCGGGGCAGGGGCUCCUCGGUCCCCCAGGCCCCAUGGGCGUCCCCACUGCGCCGUCGGUCCGGCGCCCACGGUGAGAGGGCGGUGCCUGCCCGCGUCCCCGCCCCUGUCCUGCCACCUUCCCUCCGCCCGGCCCUGCGCUGCGCUGCCCGGGUCCUGCGGGCCGCUCGGUCCCAGACCCAGGCCCGGCAGCGGGGCUGGCAUCGCUGGGGGAGCCGUCCGCUAGCGGGAGCCCCGCGGGCGGGGGCCGGCAGCGCGACCCGCUGGCGCUGGGACACCUGCAAGCACAGACAUGUCCACAGAAACUGGGGAAGACCCAAUGUACCCCGAGACCAGAGGGACCUUGUUUCUGCUCUGCUCAUCUCCAAGGCCAAGGGCUCCAUAGCCGCUCCUCCCUCACACCGUGUCUGUGGCCAGGAGCGUCCAGACUCAGGGGACCCCUUUCUCCUGGACCUUGGAACUAUGAACCUUUGGAGGUGACCUAGGAGAGAAGGGAUGCAACCUUUUGGUCCUCCAGAUGAGCGUCCCCUCCGAGGACUUGUGGAGUCCCGCAUUGAGACUUAUGGGGGCCAGCAUCGGGCUUUGGCCCAGAGUACUGGCAGCAAUCUCUAUGCCCGAAGAGGCCUCGUGCUGGAUCCUGGUCGCCUACGCCUCCAGGACUAUGUCCCCUUUGCCAAGAGCUCUGGCCAGACCCGAAUCCUGUCUCCCAUGAAGUUUCGAGAACCAGAGCCUGAGAAAAGGCUUGGAAGCCCUUUUGGGGCUGGCCCACCUCACUCGCCCAAACUCAAGGAAGUCACCAAGGCCCAUGAGCUGGAGAUGAGGCUGUAUACGUUCAGCAUGUUUGGGAUGCCCCGCCUGCCUCCUGAGGACCGGCGGCGCUGGGAGAUAGGAAAGGGCAGCGACAGCGACCUGACCAUUGAGAAGUCCUGGAAGGAGCUGGUGCCUGGGCACAAGGAGAUGAGCCGGGAGCUUUGCCACCAACAGGAAGCACUUUGGGAGCUACUGACCACAGAACUGACCUACAUUCGAAUGCUCAAGAUCAUGACCGAUGUGUCAGCUGAGACCCUAUUCGGAAAUGUCCCCAGCCUGAUUCGGGCCCACCGGAGCUUUUGGGAAGAGGUGCUGGGGCCUACCCUGGGGAAGACUCGAGCCUCUGGUCAGCCUCUGGACCCUGUCAGCCUGCAGGACGGUUUCCUGGCGAUCAGCCAGCGGUUCCAGCCCUAUGUCCAGUACUGCCUGAGAGUGAAGCAGACCAUGGCUUACGCCCGGGAGCAGCAAGACAAUAACCCUCUCUUCCGUACCUUCGUGCAGUGGUGUGAGAAGCACAAGCGCUCGGGGAGGCAGAUGCUGGGUGACUUACUCAUCAAGCCCCACCAGCGCAUCACCAAGUACCCACUGCUGCUACAGGCCGUGCUCAAGAGGACCCCUGAGGCACAAGCCCGCCAGGCCUUGAACGACAUGAUCACAGCUGUGGAGUCGUUCCUGCAACACAUCAAUAAGCAGGUCCGCCAGGGCGAAGAUCAGGAGAAUUUGGUGGCGGCAGCCCAGCGCAUUGGGCCCUAUGAGGUGCUGGAGCCGUCCAGUGAGGAGAUGGAGAAGAACCUGCGUCCUUUCUCCAACCUGGACUUGAUGUCCCCCAUGCUGGGGGUUGCUCCUGAGCACACCAGGCAGCUGCUGCUGGAGGGACCUGCGAGAGUGAAGGAGGGGCGAGAAGGGAAGCUGGACGUGUACCUGUUCCUCUUCUCUGACGUGCUCCUGGUGACCAAGCCUCAACGCAGGGCGGACAAAGCCAAGGUUAUCCGCCCCCCCUUCAUGCUGGAGAAGCUUGUGUGUCGACCACUCCGGGACCCUAACAGCUUUCUGGCAAUCCACCUCACUGACUUCCAGUGCGUCUCCAGUGCCCUCAUCGUGCACUGUCCCAGCACUGCAGACCGUGCCCAGUGGCUGGAGAAGACCCAGCAGGCCCAGGUCACCCUGCAAAAGCUGAAGGCACAGGAAUAUGUCCAACAGAAGAGGGAACUCCUGGCCCUCUACAGGGACCAGGACCAGGAGUCUCUGAGCACCAGGCCCUCCACGCCUUCCCCAGAGGGCUCUCAGAGCAGUGUGGAAGGGAGGAAUUCUGAGUUCUGCACCAUCAUCCCCCACCUGGUGGUGACGGACGACACGGAUGAAGACAUCCCCUUGGUACCAGAUGACACCUCAGACUCUGGCUACAGCACUCUGAUCCCAGUCUGCCCCAAGGAGUCCCACUCCCCACUGAGCCGGCUGCGCCCGUGGGCCCUUCGGCGGCACCCCGGCUUCACCCUCUCCGCCCUGGACCUCCGGGAUGUUACUUUGCGCCCCCAGCCUCCUGACCCCCAAGCUCCCCAGCGCCGAAGCACCCCUGAACUGCCAGGGGAAGUUAUCCGAAGAGGAAGCAGCCUUCCCAGGGGAGAGCGGCCCGCCUGGUCUGAGGAAGAAGAUGGGACCUCGGUGGGAGGGAACGUGGUAGUGGAGACCUUGCAUAGGGCCCAGCUUCGGGGGCAGCUCCCACACUCCCCGACCCAUGCUGACUCUGCUGGGGAAAGCCCCUGGGCGUCCUCAGAGGACGAAGAAGAAGAGGGGCCCCUCUUCCGGAGACCCUCCCCGGGCCCCCUCAGUGCUGAGGACAUGCUCAGAGAGAUCCGGGAGGAGCUGGCCAGCCAAAGGAUCGAGGGCACCCCGGAGCCUGGGGACAGCGGGCCUCGGAAGCUGACUCGGGUCCAAUUGCAGAGGAUGCGUGGGCCCCACAUCAUACGGCUGGACACCCCCGUGUCCACAUCAGAGGUGUGAGGAACACGCAGGACCUUUGGUUUGGCAUUGCUUCCCGAGGACAUCUCUCUCCCAAGAGUGCUGGUCACCACCACCCCGCCCCCCAGGACUGCACCUCAAGGUCCACACUCCCCGUGAGGAAGCCUGGCCCGGGAUACCCCGGGCUCCCUGCUCUAAGAACUCUGGGCAUCGAGCGCUGUACAUUGUGUACCAUAGACACCAGAGCCCCACAUAAAGUUGUGCAUAAAAAUGA